AUGGUGGCACCCAUGCCAGCCAAUCCUGGCUCUGCGCAGGCUGCGGCGGAGCCGGGGAGGCGCGGCGCGCACGGCGGCGGCGGCGACCGGCGCAGCGGCUCGGGCGCGGGGAGCCCGCUCAGCCCUCGCCCCGCCGAGCCGGCCUGGGGGGCCCGCAGGGCCGAGGGCCGCGGCCCCGAGGCGCUGCUGCGCCGCUCGGGCUCGGGCUAUGAGGGCAGCACCAGCUGGAAGGCGGCCUUGGAGGACACCACCACGCGGCUCCUGCUGGGGGCCAUCGCGGUCCUUCUGUUCGCCAUCCUGGUGGUGAUGAGCAUCCUGGCUUCCAAGGGCUGUAUCAAGUGCGAGGCACCCUGCCCCGAGGACUGGCUGCUCUAUGGAAGAAAGUGCUACUUCUUCUCGGAGGAGCCGAGGGACUGGAACACGGGCAGACAGUACUGCCACACCCACGAGGCCGCGCUGGCCGUCAUUCAGAGCCAGAAGGAGCUGGAAUUUAUGUUCAAGUUCACGCGGAGGGAGCCCUGGAUUGGCCUGCGCAGAGUUGGCGAUGAAUUCCACUGGGUCAACGGGGACCCCUUUGACCCCGACACGUUUACCAUCUCUGGCCCAGGGGAGUGUGUCUUCGUGGAGCCCACCAGGCUGGUGUCCACCGAGUGUCUGAUGACCCGGCCCUGGGUGUGCAGCAAGAUGGCCUAUACUUGAGGACGGUCAGGACAGAGGUGGCCCCUCUACCCAGGGCCAGGGGAGGCGACGGCUCCAAGACCUGCCUCGAGUUGGGAGCCACCUGCCUCCUCCCAGCGGCCACAGUGGAGAGGGUAGUCUCUGCCUUCCACCCCUCAGGCUCCACCCUCUCAGGCCCCUGGAUCUGGUUUCCGUUGUCCCCAGGCAGGUCCUGUGGCUCAGCAGUUAAACCCGGUAUGCUAAGUAGAGUAGCCACCUCUCCACCUUACACACGCACACAUGCACAUGCACACGCGCACAACACAGCUCCUUCUCAGUGGCCUGUCCUUAGUCCUGUCACAAGCCCUUCACUGGCCUCAUCUGGAACAUUCCCUCCUUGCUGCAUCCCUGGUGCUCUGGGGAAGGCUGGGGGCUGGCACAGACGGUGGCCCCUCCCUGGUGGCUUCUCUCCAGGUAGCUGGGGGAGGAGGCAGGUGAGUCCUUCCUGUCACCUUGGCCAGCCCAGGGCCCUGAGGCUCCUGCACCUGCCCUCUUUG